AUGGCACCUCACCAGCAAUAUCUUUGGGUCAGUGUGGACUCAAAGGGAAGAGUGGGACGCUCCGAUGGACAAAGUAGCAACAUCAAAUCGCACUGCGCACAGUACUAUCACCAAGUCAAUCGGCAUAAGGUACAACAUGUGAUGGUCGACUUGGCAGUCCCCGAGGCCACUCCAUCAGAAUCGCCCAGACAAUCGCCAGUCCCAUCUAUAUCCUCUGGAGAAGAGCCAGAAGUGGGCGACGCCCCAAAUAGACAAACGCUCAUCAGCCGGUCCGCUGGGAAGUUAAGCCAACAAAGCAGAGGACAGAUCGAGCAAAGAGUCAGAAGGAGGAAGCCACAAGAAUGGCGAAGAGUCCGAUGCCACAGGUUUCGAAAGCAAUCUGGCGAGCGACCGCCCAAACCUCACCCUUUUGACAUUCGACAGGAGGAUUUGCCUUACUUGGCAAUGGAAUCGGAUUUCGAUGCAGAUGUCGGAGACCCGUUGACACGUUGUGUCAAGCUGACGGUCUUUUAUUCCCGAGCUGCUUUUAUGUCGACUUCCUCAUGUCAAAGCAUGUCUGUAAGCCACGAGGCGUCUCCAGUCCAACACGCACUGUACUUCUACAAGCUCUCUGCAAUCCAAAUGAUCCGCAUCCGACUGAGCGAGAAUCCGCAGAGCCCAGACCAGACCAUCUUCUUGGGCAUUGUUAGUCUCGCUGGCUGUGAGUUCAUGGCCAACAACCCAGAAGAAGGUAGACUACAUCUCGAAGCUUGUUUGGAGAUCGCACAUGCUCGUGGGGGUCUUUGCACGCUGUCCAAUCCUGAGUUGGAGCUCAUGUGCCUCGCGGAAUUCGAGAUGGCCGCACUUUCAGGAAAUAUACCGUGUGCGCCUCUCCGGGACAUGGAAGCGGCCGUGUAUUCGAAAAUCUCCAAAGACCCAACCGGUCGUUGGGCGACGUCUGACCUUGCGAGAUUAGCCUUUUUGUGCACCGAAGAAGCUUCGCAGACCUGCAAGGGUCUUGCAUGCUUGCUCCAGGCGACGGACGGUCUCAACAGUUCAAUGGCUUCGAAAACCCAAGCACAGAUUCAAGAUAAUCUUGUCCUGCGUCGUCUUUUCGCCGGCUUCUUGCUAUGCUCCGUCCAGCCUCUUACGACUCAGUUGCCAGUCACAGUUGAGAUGAGCCUACACGAAUCGUUGCGAAUAGCUGGCCUACUCGUUGUUGCGGCCACAUCCUUGAAGAACAUGCCAAAAGGCCACCUACUGGAACGCCUCACUGCAGAUCUAGCACUACACCUACAGCUGAUACCUUUGCCCUUGUACCGCUCGCCCGCCGUGGCCUCGACCAUGCUGUGGAUCUACUUCGUGGGUGCCGACGGAUCGCUCUUCUUCCUGCGAGGCAUCGCACAGCUGGCUCGCAUGCUAGGUUUCGAGAACUGGAAGGAAGUUCGAGAACAGUUGAAGCGGUUCCCCUACGUUGGCGAUGAGUUUGACAGCCCAUUCGAGGAGAUUUGGAACUCGGCAAUAUUAUGGUCGAACUUGCCGACGUAG